AUGCAGUUCACAACAGCAGCUCUUGCCGUCAUGGCCGGCGUCGCCUCGGCACAAAAGGUCCAGGUCGUGACCGUUUCCACCGCCAACAACUCCCUCGUGUACACGCCAGACAACAUCAAGGCAAGCGCGGGCGAGAUGGUGCAGUUCCAGUUCGUCGCUGGCAACCACACCGUGACCCAGUCGACGUUCGACCAGCCCUGCACCCCCAUCAGCUCCAUCAUGUCCAAUGUCACCGGCUUCCACUCUGGCUAUCAACCUGCCGCCGCGUCCCAGCAGUCGGGCAUGAUCCCCACCUAUACCGUCAUGAUCAACGACUCCAAGCCCAUCUGGUUAUACUGCGCCCAGGGCAAGCACUGCCAGAACGGCAUGGUCAUGGUCAUCAACGAGAACACUGCCGCCAACGCCUCGCGCUCCCUGACUGAAUUCAAGGCCCUCGCUGCCAAGGCGACGUCCAACACUGCCCCCUCCGGAGGCUCCACUACUGGCGGCACAACUGGCACAGGCUCUGGCACCGGCUCCGAGUCGGGCUCUGGGGCCUCGCCCUCCGGCUCUGGCCAGGCCACCGCCGCAGGCUCCAUGGUCAAGGUCGGCGGCAGCCUUGGUCUCGCUGCUGUUGCUGCCGCCGUGUUGCUGCUGUAA